AGGAUGAGAAGGAACCAGAAAUGCAAAUUGGACAACCAACCGAUGUCAAACAUGUUGCUCAUAUAGGAUGGGAAGGUCCUUCUUCUACGACCCCAAGCUGGAUGAAUGACUAUAAGUCUCCCGAGGAUGAGGCAAAAGGAAGUUCCAACAAGAAACCUGCGAGUUCAGGGGAGAGGCAAAAGAACAAGGGGAGGCGUAAAUCAUCUGCAAGCACAAACUCACCUGCAGAGUCUCCAGCAAGGCCAAGGCGCAGCACGGGUAAACAGAGAGAGAAGGACACAGGUUCAGGGUUAGACAUACCUCAACAGAAUGAUCAGUCUGUGGUACAGAAAAGCUCGAGGCAGAAAAAAUCAAAAGGAACAACGGCAGCAAGAGGAGGAGGCGGUGAACCUCCUCUGCCUGUUGCACCUGUAGAAUCAAAGGAAACAGAUAUAUCCGUGCGUGCGGUCUAUCCUCGUGUGGGUAUAGAGAGUUCUACAUGAAGAUGAAAGAUGAGAAAAAGAGAGUUUUUUUCAUUAUCAAGUUUAGAGUAGUGUGGUGGUUUUGUUUUUUUCUUCUCAUAAUCUACAAACUUUUGUCUUUUCUCUACCUUCUGUUGGAGAUGUGUUUGUAUAACAAG